CUUUGCGAGACUCGUGUUUGUUUUGCUGAACUCUCAUGACAUUUCUCUUAUAUAGUUGAUCCAGUCGCUAUCAGGAAAUUGGUAAAACAGUCAAAAUGCUUACAGUGGAGGAUUACACGCAAUUUCCGCUGCAAACGUGGGGAAAGGUCUUCUCGAAGGUAAAGAAAGCGGUUGUUUUCAUGGAUGACAAGUGUGCAGAGGCUCUCCAUUGGAGCGGUGGUGCUGCAUCAUUAUUCGAGGCUGGAGCAAAAAAUCUAAAACAGUUUUCAAGCUUCGAAGCGUGCCGUGCCGAUGAACCAAAAGCUGUCUUUGUUGUGAGCACGUUGCUAAAGGGCAGAACAGUAGACAUCAUUAAGGAUAUCAUAUCUCUGAGCCGCUUUCAAUACUGUGUUGUGAUCACUACAGUAGCUCACUCCGUGCACCUGGUCGCCAACAAUGUCACUGCAGAAAUGGACGGGAAUCCUGUGUUUGAGCAGUUUGAGGAAAAGCUGUGUGAGUGGAUGGGGAACAUGAACUACACAGCUGAAGUAAUGCACAUUCCUGUUGUGUUUGCACCCGUCUCACAGCAGCUAAUCCUCACUCCUCCGUUUGCACACUUGUUCCCUCUCCUAUCCCCUGAUCUGGACUUUAUUAAUGCAAAACGCCCAGAGAAGAAGAGAUUUGGGAGCUUAGUUGAUGUAGAUAUGAACUCCCUCCCAGCUGAACUGCAAAUUGAAAUAAAACAUCUGUCCUCAGCCCUGAAUUCAAUGUUUGAAACAACAGAAACAAGAGAAGAGAGUUUUGCAGUAGGUCCUAUGAGCCGUAUUAUUGCAGGAGAGCUGGCCAAUCAUCCACAAGCCAAAAACAGGAGGAAGACAGCUCAGAAUAAAGCAUCAAUCAUAUUUAUUGACAGGACAAUGGACCUGACAGGAGCUGUUGGUCAUCAUGGUGACAAUCUGGUGGAGAAGAUUCUGACUGUACUGAAGCCUUUACCUGGUCAUGUGACUGACGUGCAAGUGGACAUGUUGGAACUAACAACUCUACAGCGCAGCCCACAGACCGAGAACAUCCUGGCGCCUGGCUGUUUAGCACAAUCAGAGUCAUCAGCAGCCAGGUCACUUUGGGAGGCCAUGUUGACCAGUAAGCAGAAGGAAGGGGUGCUGGAGGUGCGGAGACAGCUAGUGGAGGCUGCCAGCAAAGAAAAGCUCCCUAUCAAGAUGAGUAUGGGCCGAGUGACCAAAGACCAGCUAUGCUCUUAUGUGAAGCCGUUCGGGGGCAGUCGGGGGGCUCUAGAGAGUCACUGUGGGGUGCUGCAGCUGGGACUGGCCACAGCCCAAACCCUUGGACACCCCAGCCUGCCAAGAUGGGACUCCUGCCUGGCCUUUGAGAGACUCCUGCUGCAGGCUCUUGGAGACUCAGACUUUCCGUCCGUGCUCCGUCAGCUGCUGCCUCUGAUGAAGCCCAGAGACAGCGAGGGCUCAGGAUCCACACGCGCCUCAGAGGACUGUGGUCCCGAUGAGCUGGUUUUGCUGCUCAUUUACCUGUACUCCCUGGCAGACGAGGCCCCACCCACUGACCAGGAAGAGGAGGAGGAGCUGGAGCGGCUGGAGAGAGAGCUGAUUGGAGCACUCACACUGCUCAUCACUAAGGAGGCGGAGCUCAGUCGUCUUGUGCAGAAACUCACAGGUUGCUCGAGCCCAGAGGAACUGACCAUGACACACACUCACUCUGUGGUGGAGCAGAUGUUUGACACUCUGAGGGGUCUGAGCCACAGUCGGGACCACCUGAAGCAGCUGCGCUCCAUCUACACUGCGAGUGACGGAGUUCACCAGGCCAGUUAUCGUCCAUUCUUGAAGCAGAUCCUGGAGGAAGUCUUCCAUCCAGACCGACCUGAGUGUCCAGACAUCGAGCACAUGUCCGGGGGCCUCACAGACCUGCUCAAGACUGGAUUUAGUAUGUUCAUGAAGGUGAAUCGUCCUCAUCCAAGAGACAAUCCAGUGAUGUUCUUGUUCCUGGUGGGAGGAGUCACCCCCUCAGAGCUCCGCCUCAUCAAAGAGGUUGUCUCCACCCACAAACCUGCCACACAAGUGCUGGUUUUGGCCACUAGGCUUCUCAGACCGACAGAUAUACCAGAGCUGCUUUUCACCACGCGACGGCUCACCCCAGACAUUGGAGUAUGAGGAAAGAUAUGACCCAGAAAUGUACAACAUAUGUGAUUUGGAAUGGUAUGGAACGGCCCAGUUCCCAUUGACUCAGGUCAGGGGUCUCCAACCUGUAGCUCAGGAGCUACCAGUAGCUCUCCACCCCCUUCCAAGUAGCUCACCAAGGGCUUUCUGAAUUACACAUAUUGUCCUGAAUAACGCAAAUGUGAUGAAUACAAACUUUAUUAUUAUUGUAAAUCUAUCAUUUUGCUGUCUGACUUUGUGCACUCAUAAAUAAAUAAUGGUUUAUGUUUUACGUUUUAUCUAAUUGUCAUCUAAGUGUUGCUAUGGCUCUUAAGUAUACUUUAUUUCCUUCAUUGCUAAAAUAAAUAGCUUUCUGUAAUUUUCAUUUUGUAAAGGUAGCUCACCCGGGGAAAAUGUUUGGAGACCCCUGACUUAGGUGAUGUGGUGGAUUGGUAUUUACUUUUUAAUGGUAGCCCACUGAUACUAAUUUAUAGCUAAAAUUCGGAUUGGGAAAUGUAUAAUCUGGAAAUUUCUGACUCAUUAACUAAGAGUAUUUUUACAGUUAAAAAGUUAUAAAUUUUGCGGUAUAAUUGCAUAAACUAGGGAUGUAACAAUAACCAAAAUAUCAUGAUAUCUUAUCAUCAAGUCUCACAAUAAUCUUGUGGGCUGUCAUAAUAUAUCGAAUUACAAGUUCCUUUCCUUAAAUGCAUGGUUUUAUAGUCGCAACAGCUUAUAAACAUCAGGAACUACAUAUUCCAUGAUUCAUUUAAGUGCUGACAAUAUGAAGAGAUAUGUAUUUUACUUCAGUACUUGGGAGUAUGACAGUAAUAAUUCACACCAAAACCUUGUCAGGUAUUUUAAAAGCAAAAAAGUGUCCCAUCUACAAUUAUAUCAGCUUCUCCAGAAUAUUGCAAUAAAUAUUGUACCGUGAGAGGCAUAUCAUGAUAACAUCGUACCAUGAGAUUUGGAUAUCGUUACAUCCCUAGCGUAACCCUUUUUCCUACUGACUUCAUAGACUGUAUAUAAAUGGACAUAAAAGCCUGCUAGUCAUUGCGUUCCAAAUAGGAAGUGAGCAUGGGUGCGCUUCCGCCUCCAUCGACUCCAGCUCCAAUUCAGUUUGUAUUGAGAAACUGUUGCCUCCCCUCUCUGUAACUGAUGCUUUCAGGCUCCUCAUUCGGGGUCCUUGGGUUGAUCCUGGUAUUUUUAUUUCACUGUAUUAGCCAUAAAUUAAUUCCUAUUCCUAAUAUAGAGCACGUCUCCAAAUUUGCCCCAUAACUGUUAGCCUCUGUGAGCUUCAUUUGACGCUAUGGGUUCACUUAGUCCACUUCUUUAUACAGUCUGUGAUUGACUUUGAUAUUUUUCAGUGGUUUACUUAUUUUGUUUUUUUAUCAAAUGCCAACACACGCUACAAUAUUUUUCAAUUAUAGAAACUAGCUUGUAUGACACUGUUUACAAAGCAAUAUUUUGGAUAUAUAGAUAUAGAUGCACCCUGUUCAUUGGUCUCUCUUGUCAAACAUACCAUGGACCUAUAUUCCAAAACAAGCUUUGUCAUAAUGAUACGGACAAACAUUCCUAAGAGGUGUAAUUGCAAGUGUGUAUUGCUUUACU